CUGGACGAUAUUUGACGGUUUUGGAGAGAAGCCCGAGCGUCUGUACGCCGUGUGACGUCAUCGCCUACGUAGCUCUGUAAGGGGAACCUCCGUAUUCAGUCUUCGCGCGGUAUUUUGCUUUCUGCGUGCAUAAAUGAUGGUAAAAAUGCUGCCCUGACAUUUUAUAUUUAAUGUUGAUGUGCUCUUUCUGAAUUGAAGAGACCGUACGGAUAAAAACGUUAGCCAUGUAGCUAGCUCGGCUGGCAAGUAGCUAUAACGUUAGUUGGUUGCCAUCAAUGGAGAGAGUGUCAAAACCAUCCGUCGGGCGAGAGAAGGAGCUCUCUGUAGGUGUGAUGUCUGACAUUCUGUCUCUACCCUCCUACAAAGACUACCCCGCAGACCGCCCCUUCGUCAACACCUCUCUACCCUCCUACAAAGACUACCCCGCAGGCCGCCCCUUCGUCAACACCUCUCUACCCUCCUACACACUCACAACUCGCAACACACACGUACCCUGCCAGACACUGUCCAGCAAGGCAUUCCCAGAAAGCAGCAGUACAGCGAUCCUGUCUGCUCUGAUGAACCUACAGGAGAAGAUCAGGAAGCUGGAGUUGGAGAGAGGCAGAACGGAGCGGAGUCUACACAGCCUGGAGAAAGAGACCUCACACACUGACCUAAGGAGUGACACACACAAACCCACAGACACACACAAGAGAGAGACCAGCCACCAGUCAGAACCCAACCAAGUGUUAGUGACUCAGCUGGCUGCAGCGGAGGCUCGCUGUAAGCUGUUGGACAGACAACUGGAGUACAUGAGGAAGAUGGUCCGCAACGCAGAGGCCGACAGAACAACCCUGCUCAAACGCCAGGUUUCCCUGGAGAUGACCAGGUCAGCUGCUCCCGCCCCUGACUCUGCCCACCAGACCCAGUUAGAGAAGCUGACGCUACUGGAGCAGGAACACCAGAGACUGACCCGCACACAGAACCACGCAGAGAGGAAGAUUCGUGAGUUGGAGCUGAAACUGCUGGAAGAAGAACACCAGAGGAAACUGGUCCAGGACCAGGCUAACCAGGUACCCACACACACACACACACACACACACAGGACCAGGCUAACCAGGUACCCACACACACACAGGACCAGGCUAACCAGGAAGGUGAAGAUAGACAACGGACAUGCUCAGUAG